AUGCAGCACCAGCGGCGGUCGUACGGCGGGGGCCCGGCGGCACAGAAGCUCCGGGUGGGGGUGGUGGGGCUGGGUGCCCUCGGCUCUCUCUUCGCCGCCAAGCUCGCCUCUGCCGGGUGCGAUGUGUGGGCUUUGGUGCGAUCGGAGGCCCAGCGGGACGCCAUCCAGCGGGCGGGCGGCCUACGCCUGGUCGACGCCACACGACAUCAGGCACUCGCGCGCGUGUGGCAGGAGGAGACGCGAGCGACGCACAAGAUCGAAGCAUUCGCGGACGCGGCCCAGGUGAAGGCCCAGGCCCGGGAGGCCGACGUGCUGGUGUUCCUCACCAAGAGCUACGACACGCGGGCCACCGCCCACAGCAUCCCGCUCGCGGGGCUGGUGCGCCCCGACGGCGGCGUGGUCCUCACCCUUCAGAACGGGAUGGGCAACCGCGAGGUCCUCCAGGCGAGCCUGCAGCCGACCCAGACCGGGAGUGGCCCAGGCGCGGUCCCGGUCGUGCUGCAGGGCAUCACCGACGUCGGCGCCCUCCUGACCCAGCCCGGCGAGGUCAGGCACACCGGGACGGGCAACACGUUCUUGCCGCAGCACCGCCUGAUGAACCACAUGCGAGACCGUCUGGCGCAGGCGGGACUGGAGGUGGCGGUGACGGAGGACAUCGACAAGCGGGCGUGGAUGAAGCUGAUGGUCAACGCCGCGAUCAACCCGCUCACCGCCCUCUUCCGCAUCCCCAACGGGCAGCUGUUGACCAACCCGCACCUGCUCGCCCUCGCCGCCGAAGUGGUCGACGAAGGCGUCGCCGUCGCCCGCGCCAGCCAAGUCCACCUACCCACCCUUUUCGAGGGGAAGGGAGACGAGGCGCAAGCGUGGGACGAGGUGCGUCGGCGCGUGUUUGGCUACGUGCAGCAGGUGGCGACCGCCACCGCACACAACCGGUCGUCCAUGCUUCGCGACGUGGAGCGCCGGCGGCCCACCGAGAUCGAGUUCAUCAACGGCCACAUCGCACGCGAGGGCCGCCGGCUGGGCGUCGCCACCGGCCUCAACGCCCACCUCUGCGCCCUCGUCCAGGCCCUCUCGGUGGCGGCCGACAGCGGCGGCGGCGGGGUCCGGCCCGACUAG